GAUUUGCGUGAGAGUAGAAGAGAAGUCCGAUUAUUUUGAUUCUCAUGUGACAUCAUUUUGUUUGAUAUAUUCUACAUCUUUAGCACCAGCUGUCAAAAUAUUUUGCGGAGACUAAAAGCCUACCGUUUUGUGUAUUAUCGCAUGUAAAUCGUGGUUUCUAAACAUUAUAAUCAGUAACAGCAAUAUACAAACGUGCCUAUUGUUUACCUUGGUGUCUUGUACAAAUGAUAAGUGCAACAUAAUGGGGUGUUUAUCGUGGAUCCGAAGGUUAAAAAUGCCGUUUCCUUUUAAAGAUAAGGAACUGAAUAAAAUUGCAGCUCUUUUCAAUGUUUCUACAUUUCUCCUGACAUGCGCUGCCCUAGUUCAGCCCAGUUGGUUCAGGAUCAAAGGAUUGCACUGUACUCAGAGCUUGUCUUUAGCACAAUUUUUUUCUUUUGACAAUGAUGAUGAUGAUGAGGAACAGCUUACAAUAAGACAGAGUGAAUUUGAGCCACUACAAAAUGUACAUGACUAUAAUGGUCUACCUCCUUGCACCACGCCAGAGACAAUAACUCUAAUGAGGAUCCUUAUAUUAUUAUGCUUUAUGGUGCUUCUUUGUUCUUGUAUUGGAACCCUGAUCAACCUUACAAGCCUUAACAGCCGAGCUAUAAAAAUGUUAAGAAGGAAUGCUAUUCCGAGCAUAAUGUGUGUAUUUUGGGUCAUAGCUAUUGUCGGUGUAUGUUACUAUACUACUGUUGUACUGGGAAAUGCAAACAACAGUGACCCAAAUACCAUCCAAGUGGAUUAUGAAUACGGAUUUUAUACUAUAACUGGAGCAGGUGCAUUGGCCUUGUUAGCAUCUGCUGCAAAUCUAUGGGGAGCUCCACUCUCAAGCGACGAGGAUGUCCAGAGACGGAACUUAAUGGAAGACUGGGAUGGAUAUGAGGCUCACAGCGUGGGCCCUACACCUGCCGUGCCUACCCUGCCACCGUACACGCCGAGCGCAGAGUACGUGCCCACCAUUCACCCCGCCUACGCGCCUCCAGUUCUCGGCUCACAACAAUACUUCCCCUUCGAUGACCUCUCAGUACUUCCACCUCCACCCCCAUACACCCCUUGAGUCUCUAAAACUCAUCCAAUUUUCUUCUCAAAUCUCCCAAAUAUUGAUGUAUUUUUAGUUGUAAUCUACAGUAUUUAUUAUUUUAAUUAUUACAGCUUAAUAAGUUCAAUGCUGAAGGCUAGAUAAUUAAGGCUUGUGAAUGAGACAUUUGACGCAUCUUUGAUGAAAGUCAGAUAAGAAAGGAAGUAAUCUCAAGUUUUCUGUUAAAACACAGUAAACAACUUGCGUUUCUGAAGAGAUAAUGAAUGAAUUCUUCGUAUUUUGUGUUUUUAUGUUACAUGUGAUGAAUGUUUUUUGUAGGGUUGAGUUAAAUUGAUGCAUAUUAAUAAGUAACUUUAAUUUAAUGUAAUGAAACUCAAAAACGCCUAAAACAUUAAUGGAAUUAUUGGUUUGUGUAUGUAUAUAUUGUGGUUGUGAGUUAAUUAAUGACUACUGUUCACUUCUAACAUGUGAUUUGCCAUUUUAGUGCCUAUUCAUGUCGUGUUUCUCGAAAUGCUUUAAGAUAAAGUAAUUGAAGUUCUGUUUAUUUAUUUAUGCCUAAAUAGGUGGUUAUUUUGUAGAUUUAAGGAUCGAGUAGCACUAUUCGUAACAGAUAAAUACAUAGCUGUCUGUUGUGAACUAUAGAAGAAAUUGUUCUAUGACUAGAUUCUUCUGUGUAUAUCAUUUCUUACAAUAAUAUACAGAUUAUGAAAUGCCAAAUGAAAUAAAUAUACAUAUUGUUAAUCCCCAAUGUAUACCUAUUUAUAAUAAGAUAUUAUAAUCUUAUCAUUACUUUAAGAUUAUCUUCACAACACUAUUGGCACAUGCUUUAUAGUUUUAUAAUUUUGAUGAAUUCAACACUAGAACACUACUGUAAUUAACCUCAUUUUGUCACUUAUGAUGUUUAUUGCUCUCUUAACGCUUGUGCUAUAUAGAAAAACAAUGUUUCUAAGUAAUUUUGUUGUUACAUGUGUACAUGUCUUAACUAAUCUACUUACCUUAAUCAAUAUAAAAUGAAAGCAAUCCAUCACUAAAUGCCUUUAAUGUUAUAGAAAUGGUAUUAAACCAUUGUACUUUAGUAAAAAAAUACUGUUAAAUUAGAUGAUAUUAUACUAAUGAAAUUAAUGUGUUGCGAUAAUGUAACUCCAGAUUAAAGCCACAACUGUUGUGUAAGGGCAGUUAGUAUAAUUAUUGUAACCAACAUAUUAAAACAUGAGAGAUCUGUUUCAGUAAAAGAAACAAUAAAAUGAGCUUUUUAGAAUCUAGAAGUAACAAUUCGUGGUUUUGGAAAAUAAGGAUAUGAACUAGAAAAAUGUACCUAAAUUAAAAUCUAUGUAUGAGUAAUAGAUUAGUACUGGUAGCACAUCCUGUAUAAUAUUCAUGUCAUUGUUACCAAAAAUAUAGGCAUGUUAUUAGUUCUAUUGUUUGUUAAUGUAUAGAUUCCUUAUAGAAGUAAGAAUAGUUAUUCCCGGUAUAUCAACCGGGAAGUUUAUUUUUACAUUAAAACAAGAGUAAAAUUUUAUUUUUGUGUAAGACCAAUAUGCAAUACAUAUCU